UGAAAAAAACAAAAAAUGGCAGGUCCUCAAUGUUGUGCGAAUCCUCCAAACUUAAACCCAGGCGUCGGUGUGGGCCUUGUUCAGAAGCUUGGUGGACUCAACACUUAUGUCACUGACUCUACCCACUCUAAGCUUGCUGUUCUUCUUGUUUUUGACAUUUUUGGAUAUGAAGCUCUGAACUUGAGAAAGCUUGCAGACAAGAUUGCAGUUGCUGGAUUCUAUGUGGCAGUUCCUGACUUCUUUUAUGGAGAUCCAUACGUAGUUAAUCCUGAAAGACCUUUACAAGCAUGGAUAAAAGAUCAUGGAACGGAUAAGGGGUUUGAUGACGCAAAGCCAGUAAUUCAAGAUCUUAAGAGUAAAGGUCUAUCCGCAAUUGGGGCGGUAAGACUUUUCUUCUCAGCUAAAGUCGUAGUUCAACUUGCAAAGUGUGAAUUUAUCCAAGCUGCUGUGAUGAGUCAUCCUUCAUUUGUCACUCCUGACGAUAUCAACUGGGUUGAGGUCCCCAUUGCUAUACUGGGAGCUGAAAUUGAUCAAUUUUCUCCACCCUCUCUCGUAAAACAGUUUGAAGAGAUCCUAACUGCUAAAUCUGAGGUUGAUGGCUUUGUGAAAAUAUUUCCUAAAGUUUCACACGGAUGGACGGUGCGAUACGAUGUAGAAGCUGUGAAGUGUGCAGAUGAAGCUCAUCAGAACAUGCUGGACUGGUCUGCCAAGCAUGUCAAGUGAGAAGAACAUGCGAGA